AUGGCAACGAUCUACAACCUGCCCGCCGAGGUUAUCCUUCUAAUCGUCGAAACGCCGUCCUUCCCCAUCAAUACACUCAACGCGCUCCUCCGCACCAACCGCACUUUCCAUGGUCUCCUCACUCCCUUCCUAUACAAGCGCGCCUCGAAGCUCGCUUCAAGCCCACUCCACUGGUCCGCCGCCCGUGGCUUCAGGAACAACAUUGCGCCUCUUGUUGCCGCCGGAUGCGACAUCGAAGUCAAAGACUGGACCAAUAGGACGCCCCUCAUGGCCGCCGCCUUAUCCAACCACCUCGACACAGUCCGCGCGCUCCUAGAUAACGGCGCAAACAUCAAUGAGAACUCCGGCCGUUUCAAUGAUGAUGGUACGGCUCUACACCUUGUUGCCCGUGAUGGCAGUGUUGAGAUGGUAACGCUGCUGUUGGACUACGGUGCGGACGUGAAUGUGCGGGAGGCACGCGGGGCGACACCGCUGCAUUGGGCGGUGGAUACGGGAGGACAGGGAUGUGAGGGUGCGUAUGAGCCGCUUUUGGGGUAUGGUGCAGGGAGCAAUACAGUGCGUGAGAGUGUGGUGGAGCUGCUUCUGGACCGUGGUGCACAGAUUGAUACAGAUCGGGAACAGGAUGGAGAGACGGCAUUGAGGAUGGCCAUAACUAGGGGAAACAUGCGCAUCCUGCGAAAGGAUGGGUAUGCACUGCAUUACGCAGCAGUACAAACAGACUCUAAAGAGAUGCUGAAGGUGCUUCUGGAUGGGUACGAAAAGAGUUUAGAGGUUAAGGAGGCCGGGUACAUCGAUACACAGAACGACGAGGGGAAUACCGCCCUUCACCUAGCUACUCGUGACGAGGCCAGGAGGAUGCGCAUCGAGGCGGGGAAGGCCCUUCAGCAACUCCAGGCAGAGGAACCCACCAGCGAUGGCGAGGCGAGGAUGUGCCCCGCCUAUGUCAUGCAGAAAAGAGCAGAGACAAAUCUCACCGCGUCCGUCCGGCUCCUCCUCGAAAGGGGCGCCAACCCAGACUGCGUCAACGAGAUUGGGCGGCGACCUCUUCACAACGCGGCCGCGAACGGAUACGUCCAGAUGGCGCAAGUUUUACUAGACUAUGGCGCAGAGAUUGAUGCCACCGACGUGGACGGCGUGACGCCGCUGGUUCGGGCAGGAAGGGUGAGUUGGACGGUGAGGAGGAAUCCUGAGCAGCUGGAAGGUAGGAUUGGUGUCGUCAGACUGCUGCGUAAGCGAAAGGCGAUCUGUGAUGGCAUCCAGGAGUGGGAGAAAGGCAAUCAGGCAUUGUCGGACGCACUGGACGAGUAUGAUGAUUGUGACAUGAGCAGCAGCAGCAACAGCAACAGGAGCAGGAGAACAGUCAAAGCAAGCCGCGAGAAUCCUGGGCAUCAUAUAUCGUCAGAAGCAUGCAAGAGCCGUAUUUCUGGGUACGGUACGGCAUGGUAUGGUCUUGUCAGACUGGCCCGUCUCUGCACCGUCUGCACAUCGGCAUGGUAUCAAUCGAGUGGUGAUAUACAUGUAAAUCUAUAG